AUGCGAUUCCACUUGGCUUUCGUACUAGCACAUUUGCUGUCCACAGCUGCCGCAGGUGUCAUUGGCCCCCAGGGUUCUGUACAAGACGGCAACCACUUGCUGCGAAGGAAAGGCGGCGGCAGCGGCGGCGGCCGUGGAGGAGGAGGAGGAGGAGGAGGAGGAGGAAGUGGUGGUGGUGGUGGCGGUAGCCCCUUCACUGGAGGCUUCGGAAGCGCUGGGAGCAACGGUGGUGGCUUCCGUGGAAACACAGCCUCUGGAUCCAACAUCGGUGGUACGUCUCGUGGAGGCUCCGGCCCUACACGAGCAUACGGCGGAGGCGGCUAUUACGGCGGAGGCGCUGCCUCUCCCUACAGAUCCGGGGCUGCAACAGCUGCUGGCGUUGGUGCUUUGGCUUUCGCCGCUGGAGCUCUUGCCUUUUGGCCUGGUCUCUGGAUCUAUGGCGCUUACCUUUAUCCACAUCGCAAUGACUAUUCUUUCUACAACAGCACAGCUCAGCGCAACGAGAGCCUUCCCGUUGUCUGCGCUUGUGCCAAGUACGCCGUGUGCGGAUGUGAUGAAAAUACGGCCAUCACGAAGGAACUUGUCGGCAACGGCACUUACUCGGCUUUGAACAAGAGCAUCAUCAAUGUCGGCGACUACAACGGCCGGAAGACCUUGUUGAUCAAUGGCACCUUGCCCAACGGAACGACCGCCGAUGGCCCAGACCAAGAAACCAGUGCCGGUGUCGCCAUGUCCAGCCUAGACAUGAGCGCUGGUCUAUGGCCUGCCGUGACCUGCGUCAUCGCAGCCAUCCUUCUUUGCUGA